CAAAAUAAUGUAAAAUGUUAAUGUUUGUUUAUGUUUAUUUAUAUAUUAAUAAUGAUUACCAUUCAAUAUUUAAAGUAAAUAAAAGUUCCAAUCAUAAUAAACUACAAAAUCUGAUUCUGCCACUAGUAAAAUACAUUAUAAAGGUCAACCUUGUUUGGAUGUAGUGUAUAAUAGAUCGCAGUUUUCCGUCUUAUGCUCCACCCUAUAUUAUCUGGUAUGUAGACCUUAGAGCCAUGACACUGUGCCAAGGUAGAGUCCGCAGCAGCCUUUGUUGCUGCACGAAUAACUCGUUCGUCGGGUAAUUCCCCGAAUACAUUAUAGACAGAGGCUAAGCAACAAUUCGUGGAAGGAGAGCGCUCGUGUUACGAACACAGGUCGCGCCAUCGACAAAGCUGAUUCAGAUGUUUGACGACGUACACUUUGUAAUCGACUCUCAGGCUAUUUACGAAGCGACCCUUUAUCAUCACUCGGAAGCGUUGAUUUAAACUUGCAACAAGUGCGUAUAAAAUAAUUAUUUAUUGUUAAGUAAAAUAUAUCGAAAACAUGUCAUGGAACGUGUUCUGGGAGUUGGGCGUCGAAGAAACGCAGCCGGAAAAACCACGCAUCACGAAGCCUUGUGCAGUGGUAAGGCCAAACUUCCUUAGUUUAUCCACUGAAGUGUGCCCCCUUGAGGUUGCAGAGCCUAGUGAAACCGCGGCACUUAAUCCGACCACGGCGUCCAGUGCGGCCCCGGUCACCUUUGCAGGCCAGACGACUACUGGAGGUACGAGAACCCUUGCAGUCUUGAGAUCCGAUGGAAACCCGGAGUCUAAUACAGAGACAAAGCACAUUCGGUUGACAAUUUCAAAUAAACCAACCUGCAAUGAAUAUGCCAGCGAGGGUUGUAAACUCUAUAUACGGCGAAUUGUUAACCACUGCAUAGCUAAUGAACAGUUACUGUACCCUCACAGCGAUAUAGUACAUGUACUAAAAAGAAAAUUGAAGAUUAGAGGAACUUUAAAAGAAUUUAAAAGACGACUCUGCAAAAUGGGUUACUUUUGGUUUGUGACAAAAAACAGCCCAAACAAAAACAUUCUUGUGGAGAGCGCAGCGUUAAGGUUACAUCGCGAGGAAUAUUUACAAACGAUACAGAGAUACCGCGCAGAAGGACGGCCCAUUAUUUAUUUGAGCAAAUAUUUCGACUAUUUCUCACAACGAGGCCGUGAUCGUUGUAACACGUUUACUCUGAACGCCAACUCUGGUACCGGGCUUGCACCGCAUUCUAUCGAUAUGUACGAAAUCGCGAACAAUAACAAUUUGGAACAAGAACAAUUUUUAAUAUGCCAAAAUUGGAUUCGCCAAAGGGUCAUUCCGAACAUUCCGCCGAAUGCGGUGAUCGUUUUGGUAAACUUACCGUGCCAGAAUAAAUUAUUAAGCCCUCCCCCCCGGCCAGAUGCAACUAAACUGCAAAUGCGAUCCUGGCUUCUAAUGAAUGGAGUACCUAUACAAUUGAAUAUGUACAAACCUCAAUUGUAUCAGUUAAUCCUAAAAUCCAAGGACAAGGUGAAAAGAUAUGCGAUCGACGAGUUGUUCAAGGGCCGUACGGGAGGAGAUCACCCGGUGUUGCGUUGUCCGCCGCAACAUUACGACUUGGAUAUAUCGCAUCUGUUUUGGUCGGAUGCUUUUUACAAACUCAUACCGAGACCGCGCGCCAUUAGAGACGCAUUGUAUGAUUCGAUACAGAAUCACCUUUUUCACAUGACAGUUAGUAAAUUGAAUUUGCUGCAGAGACAGUUAAUUGAGAACGAAAGAGAUUAUGCAAGGUGCGAUUUGGAUUUCGAUACGUUGACGGACCAUUUCAAGCUUGCCUGCGAUCAGUCUCCAUAUCCGCUGGACUUGGAUCUACUUAACCUGGACACACGCACUCUCGUCGUUUCGUCGGCAAUAAUGCAUUAAACAUUACAUUUCAAAAAUAUGAAAGUUUAUUAAAAAUCUUAUGCAUUAUAAAUUAUGAAGAAAGAAAUCUGAUA